AAACAGAACAAGUCAAUUCCUUGGCUUUCCUUUUUUUUUUUGUAGAGACAGAGUCUCACUGUACCACCCUCAGGUAGAGUGCGGUGGCGUCACAUGGCUCACAGCAACCUCUAACUCUUGGGCUUACACGAUUCUCUUGCCUCAGCCUCCUAGCAGCUGGGACUACAGGCGCCAGCCACAAUGCCCAGCUAUUUUUUUGUUGCAGUUUGGCCGGGGCUGGGUUUGAACUUGCCACCCUUGGAAUAUGGGGCCGGCGCCCUAUUCACUGAGCCACAGGCGCCGCCCUUCCUUGGCUUUCUUAAAAUAAAUAGUAAAAACUACUGUAAAUGUUGGGCGGUGCUUGUGGCUCAAAGGAAUAGGGCACCGACCCCAUAUACUGGAGGUGGUGGGUUCAAACCUGGCCCCAGCCAAAAAAAAAAAAAAACUGCAAAAAAAGAAAACUACUGUGAAUGUUAAGAGUUUCCAACUCAGAAGCAAGCACGGCCUCUUCAAAGUUAAAAAUUUGAGGAACAGUUCUCAAAUUUGGCUAUACAUUAGAAUCACUGGGAAGAAUGUCUGAGCCAUUCCCCAGACCAAAUAAACCAGAACUCCUGCAAGCAUGUAAGCAUCCUGUAACUCCUGUAAGAUGUAAGCAUCAAUUCCAUUUAAAAUUCCCAAGAUUAUUUCAAAUUUAAGAACUAUUAAUGUAGAGCAUGCUUCAUAUACUCCAUAUGAAGGCUUCGCAACCCUGUCUAUACAUCAUUACCUGAAAAGCUUUUAAAAACUAUUGGCCAAAGAUACUGCUAUUUCUUUUUUGUGUGUUUGUUUUUGUUUUUGAGACAGAGUCUCACUUGGUUGCCCUUAGUAGCGUGCCCUGGUGCCAUAGCUUACAGCAACCUCAAACGCUCAGACUCAAGCGAUCCUCUUGCCUCAGCCUUCCAAGGAGCUGGGACUAUAGGCGCCUGCCACAAUGCCCAGCUAUUUUUUAUAGACGGGGUCUUGCUCUUGCUCAGGAUGGUCUCCAACCUGUGAGCUCAGGCAAACUACCUGGCUUGGCCUCCCAGAUGCGAAGAUAUUGAUAUUUUUAUUUAAAAAGUUUUGAUAUUUUUUAAAAAGUUCCCAGAUGACUCAUAUUAGCCAGGGUUGGGAAUGACUAGGUCACACUAAAUGGUUCUACUGAAGCAACUGUUUCAGACCCAAAACAUCUCCAGUAGAACCACUCCUAUCCUAGUGAAGAGCUCCCUAUGAUUGGGGGAGGGAAGAGUCUACUAAAAACUUAAAAAUACUUAGGUUCAAAGUUACUUUCUUACUUUAAAUGUAAUAAUUUUAAUUUUUUAUUUUAAUGUAUAAAUUGCCAUUUUAGCUUUGUUAUUGUUUGAACUAUGGUUGAAUUGGAAAAGAAAACACAAAUAAAGAUAUAAGGCCAGGCAUGAUGGUUCAUGCCUAUAAUCCUAGCAUUCUGGGAGGCCGAGGAGCAUGGAUUGCUUGAACUCACAAGUUCAAGACCAGCCUGAGCAAGACCCUGUCUCUAAAAAUAGCAGGGUAUUAUGGUGGGCGCCUGUAGUCCCAGGAGACUUAGGCAAGAGAACCACUUGAACCCAACAGUUUGAAAUUGCUGGGAGCUAUGACACCAUAGCACUCUACCCAGGGUGACAAAAUGGGUCACCAAAAAAAAAAAAAGAAAAAGAAAGGUGUAAGAUGAUAGUUUGGUUAUGUUUUUGUGAGAGGAAAAGCCUAAAAGCUGUGCUGACAUUCGGCACUCUAUGAUCAAGGAACAAAGUCUGAAAAAGUCUGGCUCCAAUAUAAAAACUGUGUUCACAGAUAUAAUUCUAAACAAUUCUAGAACAGUUCCAGAACUGAACUGAAGGAAUCAUCAUAAAGAGACUGAAACCGACCAACUCUGUAACAUUUUCCUGUACACGCGUAAGUCGUCACUUAAGUUUUUCUCAUGGGAAAUAUAACCAAGAGAGAAAGUAGAGACCUGGUCACUGAGAGUGCCAAGCUCCUAGAAGAUGGCCCAUCUGUUGCACUUCACACAAAACUCUACGAGGCCAUAAUGAGAGAAGACUGCACUACAAUCAAGGCACUCCUAAGAAACCACCCCGUCAACCAACCCAUGACCAUUCUGGCCAACUCCAUCAACUACAGAUUACUUCUGAACCAGGUACGCUCUUUUCUGGUCAGUCAUUUUUAGAAAAAGACAGGAUGCAUAGGAAGGAGCAUGGUCUAAUGCUCACAGAUUCACUGAACUCCUCACUGCCCUUACAACUGACAGUACAUCUCCAGCUGACUCUACAUUUAGGACAGCGCUCCCCAAAGUCUGCAACCAAAGUCUUCCACUGAACAACAUAAACUGAAGUAAGAAAAGACUAGAACCUGUUUGGUUGGAAGAACAUUAAUGUCAUUUUCUCAAAUAUACCCAUGGUGAUUAUGUCUAUAGGGCAGAAUUUUUUCCCGUUUUCGCACGUCUUCAUUUUCUAAAUGUGUAUAGAAUGUUUAUUGCCUUUAUAAAUUUUUUUUCAAAAAGGAAGUCACCCUCCCCUUUAUCUUACCCUCUCCCCGGUAGUCAUAGUAUAAAACCACUACUUAUACUAUAUACUGUAUAUAUUCUUAAGAACUGGCAUAAACAGCUCUGCUAAUCAUAAACAGAACAUAUGCUGCAUUAUCUUUAAAAUGCCCUGAAGAUUCAGGUUUUACUGCUGAUAAUGUGACUCUGGCAAACCCUUAAAAAAUACCACACCUAUUUAUCAAUUACCUCAUGGGCUAAUUUAAGGAUGAAAUGACUUCAUAGCAAUUAACAUUAAUUGUACUAUGGGAUCUUCAAAGGAAUCAACUUUCAAAACCUUUCAAAGCUUUGAGUGUUAUUUCUAUUUCCUCAGUAAAUUUACCUUUCUGUAAAACAUAAGACUUUGCUAUGUGAAAUUCACUAAGUUUUAGUAAUCAAAACACAGGCAAUAGAAAAGGAAAAUUUCAAUGCAUAUACAAGAAAAAUAUUGAACCAAUAAGAUACUAAAUAAACUUACUUUGAAAUAGCAAGCAAAUACAAAUAUUAUUUUUAACUGUAGGGCUGUUUGUAAUGUAUUUUGCUUUCCCCCCAAAGCAGACACAGUCUAUCAUCCCCAUUCAUUUGGCUGCUGAAUACCGCAAGGCACAAAGUUUGCUUUGUUUGUUAGAACAUGGUGCUGACCCAGAAGUAAGGGAUACGAGAGGCCUCACCACUCUCCAUCUGAUGCUACUACACUGGCCAAUAACUUCUACCACAUGGACAAAACCAGGCAACAGAAUCCAAAGGAUCCUGACAGAGAUUCAGAACAAUGCCAUAAUGUGUCUCCGCAUCUUGUGUGAACAUGGAGCUCAAGUUAAUGCUCGUAUAGAUAACAGCAACAAUCAUUCACCACUCCACCUGGCCAUAACUUAUGGUACCUAUCCAGUUCUCUCCAUUUUGGCCCAAAAUGGUGCCCAUGUCAAUGCUAUUAAUGAAUCCAGUAUGACACCCCUUCACAUGGCUGCAGAUAUCCUGAAUAGGGAGAUGAUGGAAACGCUCAUUGCCUGCGGAGCAAAUGUUAACUGUGCUGUCUCUUCCACGGGAAACACGGCCUUGAAGCUGGCAGUGUGCACUGCAUCAAGCAAAGCAGGACGGCUGCUGGGAGUAGGGAUGAGCUGCAUCCGUUUGCUGUUAAUGAACGGAGCCAAAGUCAAUGCCCAGGACCAUGAAGGUCAAACAGCUAUCCAUGAGGCAUGUUUUGGAGGCAGGGGGACAAUAAUCAAUCUCUUGCUUGAAUAUGAAGCAAAUGUCAAUAUUUUAACAAGAAAUGGGGAGUCUCCAAUUUAUAUGUACCUUCAGCGCAGUUCCAAUAUUAGAGAUAAGACACUUCUUGCCAGGCUACUUUAUCACACAUAUCCUUUGAGGCUGACCAAUAACCAAGGGAUUCUACCUGCAGGAAUCAUGCUACCAGAAUUCCACCUCUUAAGGGAAACUCUAAUAAAGCUAUCCCAAAACCCUUUAUCUCUGGAGGAUAUCUGUAAAAGAAACAUCAGAAAUAUUUAUGGUGAGAAAUACAAACAACACUUGAAGCAACUUCUCCCAGUGAAGAUAUGGAAUUCUGUAUACCGUUACUACAAUACAACUUACCUCUUAAAAUAAGGUCUCAAAGUUUCAUGAUGCUAGAGAAUUUCAGUAACUCAGAUUGCAUUUUCUGGCUAGUCGUGUACCAGAAAACACCUAAUCCAUCACCUUCUGCAUCCCAAAUGCACAAACUACUGGUUCUUAAACUUUUUCAGAAAAUAAAGUGAUUUGGAUAAUAACUUUUGUUACUAAAUUUUAUUUUAAAUGCCUUUUCUGUGAUUUAAUUUUUGCCUGAAAAGCAAAUUAAUUUAAAGCUCUCUUUUUUGAUAGUCUUCUGUAGGUAAAAAUUGGAACAAUCAUUAUAGAGUUUUUUUAAAAUAGCAAAAAAAGAAAAAAACAAACUUCCCACAUUCACUUAAAGAUGGAUACAGAAUCAAAGUUUACCUCUAAGGCUGCAAAGUAAUAUAUUAACAUUUCUGUCAGCGCCAAGUACAUUUCAGUAUCACUGGUUACAUUAGUACUCAGAGCAUUAACACCUGAAAAACAAUGUUUUCAAAUGCCCAACAAUUAUUGCUUUAAAAUUCAGUCUAACAUUUUCAUGUUCUAGACCUAUAGAACAAUGUUUCAUAUUACAGUAAUGAUAACCUCCUAACUAAAUGGACUACAUCACAUAAUGUCAUUUAAUUCAAUGAACCAACAUCAAGUCACCCCUGUUACGGAAGCUAACACUUUCAAUGACUUCAUCACAC